CCGGUAAUGUUUGGAGAGGCUCCUGAGGGAACAAAAUUUCUGCUUUCCUGAAUCCAUCAGAGGACCAGAGCCAGCAAGCAGAAAGAGGGUGGAAGAAAGCAUUUGAAGAGGACUGAACACUUGCACUGGUGCUGUGAGCUGCUUUGGUUGUGAAAGGAACUUGCUGAGCCAGAAAGAUGCGUGAGUAUACAGAAAAGAAGGAAACAUGUGGGACCAUCUGUCUCAAGUACCUGCUCUUCAUCUUCAACUUCUUUUUCUGGCUGGCUGGCGGGGCUGUGAUGGCGGUGGGCACUUGGACCCUAGCUGAGAAGAGUGACUACAUCAGCCUGCUCUCCUCCAGCACGUAUUCGGCAACUGCGUAUAUUCUGGUGGUGGCUGGGGUGGUUGUCAUGGGAAAGUUUUGCUUGUACUUCAUAUUGUUGCUGUGCAUCUUCCUCCUUGAGAUCAUUGCUGGAAUCCUGGCCUAUAUCUACUACCAGCAGCUGAGCAUGGAGCUGAAGCAAAAUUUGAAGAACACCAUGACCCAGAAAUACCAGAAGGAAGGAGAAGAGAGUGUUACCAGCGCAGUGGACAAACUGCAGCAGGAGUUCAAGUGCUGUGGGAGCAACAACCACACAGACUGGGCCGACAGCCUGUGGAUCAAAUCUCCAGAGGCCAAUGGACGGAAAGUCCCAGACAGCUGCUGUAAGACGAUAACCGACCUGUGUGGCCGAAGAGACCAUCCUUCCAACAUCUACAAGGAGAGUGGUUGCAUUACCAAGCUGGAAAACUUCAUUCAAGAGCAUCUGAAAAUUAUCGGGGCAGUGGGGAUCAGCAUUGCUUGCGUGCAGAUCUUUGGGAUGAUUUUCACCUGCUGCUUGUACAAGAGUUUAAAGCCAGAACCAUAUUAAUAGCUGCAGGAACUUUGUUGCUCCCCCUCUGCCACUUCCCUUAGCACCUGCCAACCUGACCACUCGCCACCACAACCACAGAAGUGUCUGUAACCUGAGGAUUUGGCUCUGUAAUUAAAUGCCUGUCAAACCAUGCACCACCUUACCUGCCCCUUUGGGGGGAAGUCGCCCUCCUUGUUGUGAACAAGGCAGCCAGGAGCUCAGCAGGUCCUCUUCAUUGUCAAGAAACAAAAGAGCUGUGGAUCUUCUGCUAGAAGCUUUAGCGAAACAGUCCCUUGAUAUACCUGCAAAGCAAGAUUUAUCCAGGGCCAUUUCUCUUGAGGCUGUUCCUGAGCCAACAUGAAGGUAUCAGGAUGCUAUACAAGAACCACGGUUCGCUCUCUGAGAAGUGGCUCAGCAGCACCAGGCAUUGACUGUGAGGACAGAUGAUGUUUCUGUGCUGAGCUGGAGCCAGAGCUGAGUCUCUCAUCCAUGGAAAGAUUUCUCUCCCUCCUCCCAAGUGUGCACCAAUGUCCUAACAUAGCUGUUCUCCACCCAAGAGGAUGCCUUGGAGCUAUUCUCCCUGCUGAUUGGGAACACAACUUUGUGCAGUUGAAAUCUUGUCAUGACUCUGAUGUUGCUAAGAUGUGGGUGCCUUAGGAUUUCUCAGCAAUCCUUCCUCCUCUUCCUUGAAGCUUCCCCCAACACAGUGCCAUAGGAGCCACAAGAGGCCUUUUGCCUCCUAGCGAUUCUGGAGCAAAGAUGAUGGACUACUUUCUAAUUCUUUUUGGGUCUAGUCUGUUUUGUUGAGUGGCUUCCAGUGUGAGUGAGAAAACUUUGUUUCUUCCUACCUAUCCGCUGCUUAGGUUUGGUGAAGAACUGGUCUGUUUGUGGAGCUGGCAUAUCUUGCUACCCUUUGGCCUGUUCGGCUCGUUGGAAAUACCUUCUUGCAUCUCUUCCAUGUUGAGAGAUGCCCUUGGCUUGAUUUUUUUCUAAGUAAAACCUCCAGGCUUGUCUCUCUUGGGCAGGAAAUGAAUAUAUACCAAUGUUUUAUCAGCCUCCAAAGAGCUCAUUAAUCAGCUGAGGGCUUUCUGACUUUAAUGAGAUCUGGAAGCCCACUUUACUGUUUACUACCAAGAAGGUCAGGAGAGUCAGCUUCAGCCAGUUGCCCUAGUGUACUGGGUAAAUUGGUAGUGCUGGGUUAACUGUCAGUUUGCUGCAGAGGAGUGGCUUUUAAUUAAAUAUUCUCUCUGCAUUGGGAUCCUGGAUACAUACAGGACAUAGACGUCACCGCUGCCACUGACUUAGUGCCAUCAUGAUGCCAACAGGGUCUUAGUCUGAAUUCGUAGGAUCUUGCGUGCCUCUUGUCUUGUUCUUGCCUUCCUGGUAUGCCUGUUACACCUGCGAAGCAGAAAGGGCUGUGGGAUUUUGGUGUUGCUAAGCAGUGAAGACAAGCCCUUUUAUAAACAAACAAAUUUAUUCCCUCUCCUGGCUGAGCUCUGUCCCUUGGCAGCAGACAGUUAACAUGAGCAAAAUCACCCAGACCCCUAAAGGGUCUUGCAGGAUCAUGGGGUUUUUAGUUCGCAGAGCAGAAAUCUUAGACCAGCGCUAGAGGGUGACAAGUUAAAAUUCAGAGCAGGUCAAUCUGAAACUCUCCCAUCAACAUUAGCCCUGUGAAAUAAUCCUUAACUAAUGCCGAGAGAGAAGUGGAGGAACUGGGGUGUAUCCUUGGUUCCACAGCAGUAGGAGAGAGGGGAAAGAAAUCUAAAUUAUUGUGUAAUGAUCUAAAGGAGAAAUCUCUAAAUUAUUUCUUAUUUUAUAAUCAAGUUCCUGACAAGUAUUGACUACUAACUAAGAGGAAAAUAUUGAGCAUGUUGCUUGAAGCAAUGUUUCUAGUUUCUUAAGCAUAUCUUCAUAGCUGCCUUCGCCCAUUCCCUUCAAAUACGUUGUACAGGGUUGGGAGAGGCCAGGAAGAACGAGUUGUGAACAGUAAGUUGG